AUGGAGGCGAAUCCUCCUCCGGAUAGACUAGAAGAACGGAAAUUCAAGCUUCGCACGAAAGCUAACAACGCGUGUGGUAAGCAAUGGUCGUUUGAUCUGGGAUUGUUCAUGGUUUGUGUCUUGUACUACGUCAUGAUCAUCGCCACCUUGUCAUGCGCCAAGUACCCGACUGCGUGUGCUUCUCUUCGGAAUGCUGAUCCCCAAAGCCUCCUUUCUGAUGGAUCAAUUGGUUUGGAUGUCAGUUUGGAUGUCGGUGCCGAGUUCCAUGAUGGUAUUGCGGCAUCAAAUGGAACUUCUUCUUUUUCAACAAAAGAAGAGGAGGAGGUGACAACGUUGUACGUUCUUUUCGGAAUUUCCGUAAUCGUCAAGUUUCUUCUCUGGCUUACCAACAUCUUCGUUGGAUUCAGUAUCGUUGAAAAUUCUGAUGAUGCCGCUCGUCACGCUCUCUUCCUAUCCAAAUACUUCACCAUCUUCCGUGUCAUCUUUGCAUUCUUCGAUACGGUUCUCUUGGUGACUGGAAAGCUUCUCUAUGACGCUCACAAAUCCAUUGCUCUCGGAUUCUUUGGACUCUUGAUCUACCCAUUGGUUCAAUUCUUUUAUGUUCUUGGAUGCCUCGCUGUUCAAAUCGACAUCUCGAUGUCGUUGAAGGAAGUGCUUGAUGAGAAUUUUGUGGAGGAAAUGGAAAUGGGCGAGGUUCAAGAUGACGAAAGAUUCCCAAUUUGA